GCAUUUACAGGUUUCCCACAUUCUGACUGCGUAUAUUAUGAACUUACGGCCUUCAUUUGCUGGGAACUUACAUGACUUUGUGUUGUUUUGACCAACGCGGCCAAUUGAAAAAUGGCCGCCCACAAUUUCUUUGUACGUUACGUGCGAAAACUAAUCAACUCUUUGAUUCGAGGCAUCCGCAUCGCAGUCGUAUCAGUCUCCGGCUAUGGGGUCCUGAUGAUUGGCUACAUGCUUAUUCUCUCUCAAGCGGGUUGUUGCAUUUGUGAGGAACAAGACUCGAGAAUUGUGCCGCCCGACAUCGAUUUAUAUUCCAUUGCUGAGCAGCACAUUGGCCAUCAUCUUUGCUUUUCGAGGUCUAGAGGAACAUUAUAUGGCUCUGCCUGGGAUAGAGGAAUACCAGACUGCAUGUCCUGAGGCUUCACGCAGAACAUCGACUGGAGCUCUUGUGAAGCUUUUCGCCGCUACUGUAACAACAGUGGGGGUACAUGGUCACUUAAGUUCCCUGCAUGGCUCCCUUUCCUGGAGACGUGACCUAGUGCGUGCGGUCGAGGUUGUCAUAAACCCACUGGCGCCAGUCUUCACAUUCACGACAGCGCAGUUUUGGUAUGGUUUCAUAGAUCUCCUCAGGAUCAGCCCGGGGCCUUGGAAGACGGAGAUAUCUCUGAGGUAUCGGUUUGCGAGACUCUGCAAUUGUGGUCUCACUGUUGCAGCCAUCAGCCCUCACCACCUCGAAACAACUGCACUCGAGCGGGAUCUCAAGUGGGCCGGCCGUUUGCUUAUCCUGCUUGUCUUGCUUGGGCAGUACUCUCAAGCUGCUGUAUUGCUCGUCCGCCGCUUUCUCUCCGGCACAGAGGCCGGAGUGGAUUACGCCAUGCUUUUGUUGGUUUUCUCGGGUCUGGUCGGUCUGUUUCAGUCCAUAACCAUCUCGUUGCUGAAUGUGACGUGGACGCUACAGAGUCAGGUUCAGCCAUGCACAGAACCCCUUUGCAGCCUCAACGAGUGUACUUCUCUCAAGCAAGAACAAGGGCUACCCCAUAAAGAAGGCACUAUUGCUGUUUUUGGUCAUAACAUUGCACCGAUCUCUAGAACGGUUCUUUACGAGUUGGCAGGCGGUUACGCCCAAUUUUGGGUCAUAACGCCAGGGCGGAACGGUAUCUGGACGGUCCUGAGGAUUUUAUGGUCCGGGCAUAUAUGCUGGCUUUCAUCCAUCUACUGCGUACUUGGGAUUGAUUCACUACGGCGGCUUAUGAACACCGACAAUGGGGAUCACCAGAUCGCAGUGGCUAGAGAUCCUACUUCAGGCGAACAACCAUCGGAACAAGUACCGCCAGCUCCUAUCACGAACUUCAACGACAACGGAACGAAUCAAAGUGAGUCUUUGAACUUGUUGGAGACAUUGAUGCUCUUUUUGUUAUUUAUCGUGGGCGUGCUGUCUGUUUCAUGGCUGUGCAUGAGUAUGCUUUUCCAGCUAUCCGUCCUUGUUGGCCCUGGCGCCAUUCUCUACAUGCGCAUCGCGUCUGAAACAUCGUCUUGGAAGGAGAUGGACGCUAUGAAACCAUGUCCUCAAUUAUGGAAGGAUGACCUUGAAGACGAGCUGUGGUCGUUUUGAGAUUACGCAGGUUUCAAUGGAUAUUGUCAAAGCUGGGCAUGCCUCAUUGUAGCAGUAUGUGAGACAUUAAAUAUUGUUUCAUCAUAGCAGAUUCGUGCCAUGGAUGCUCCUUCGUAUGCCCUACCCAGACUUACAUUCGAGACAAAACGCAUGUUGAUAAUAUAAGAAUGGAACAGUUGUUAAGGUUAUUGCGACCAGUGUAUAAUGCCCAAUGGCGAGAACACGUAAAACUGAGGCUUGGCAAGCAGAAUUCGGCCCCCAGUCCUUGAGUACCUGAUACCCGUGCCAUCAGGCUCACAGAUUAGAAACCCCUCGUGUCCCAAUAAUCGUGCACUAAUAACAUGAAACUUUUUUAUUGCGCCAACUAAUUGUAGAUGCUGCAUUUGAAACCAGACUCCAGUGUGUCAAUUUUCGAUAGAAAUCUUC